GUAGAGGCCUUUUGUUCAAUGCAGGAUUUAGUUCGUGGUCUCCUAAUUAUGCCGAGCCUGAUUCAUAUAGAGAUAUAGAUUUUCAAAACAACCAUGAUGCGCUCUAUAAGGAAACUCAUCGGCACUCAACAAGAUCCGGCCCCUACAGUACCUGUGCAGAACACAACUUUACAGGACCAUGAAUUUGAAAAGGAAAUUUUUAUUGAUCCUGUUGGUGUUCCCGAUGAUGAUCUUAUUAUUGAUCCCAUAGAUGUUGUUCCUAUUACCGUUGCUGAUAUUGUUGUUGAUGUUUCUGGUGACGCUCAACGACCUCACACAGUCCAAGCAAAAUAUUCAACCGACUUCUUCCCCACACAGGUCGUUGAUUCCGCUUCGGAUGUCGAUUCCUCUGCUGACCCCCUGUCGCCGCUCCUCGAUGUUCGUGUUGCUUGCAGCACCCCUGAAACACAUCAUUUAAACAGUAUUUCCGGUGUACACGCAAGAGAUGAACGAAGGAAAAAGGUUGUUGAUGCAAUUCUACAAAAGUUAAACAAUGGAAAACUUCAACAUGGCUCAAUUAAGGCAGUGGCAGCUCAGUUUAACAUGUCACAUCGUUGGGUUGAAGAGCUAUGGAGAAUUGCUAAACGUCAAUUGGCAAGGGGCCAGGCUGUAAAUGUUCAAUGCAGAUGGCAAGAAUUUGUGAGUGCUGCAAAGGAAGGUGAUUGGGAUAUUCAAUUACAGUUUCAACCUCCAAACAGUCCAGAUUUGAAUGUGAUUGACCUGGGUUUCUUUAGGGCUAUUGAUGCAAUUCAUGACAAAACUGCACCCAGGACAAUGGGAGACUUGAUUGGUAAUGUUGCAAGAGCUUUUGACCAACUCACCCCACAAAAACUAAAUCAUGUGUUCUUAACAUAUCAGCUGGUCAUGGGUGAGGUCCUAAGCAUAAAGGAGGUAAUGACUUCAAAAUACCUCAUAUUGGGAAAGAAAAGUUAGCCAAACAACAUAGGUGUGAGUAAUGAAGUCUAUGAAGCUGCUGUGAACCUCUCAGAAAUCAACAAUUAAGGGACAAAGAAGUC